UACCUCGGUUUGUUUACUACCGGAAGCGAUCACUUUCAAUUUCAUAUCGUUUAAAAAGCAGAAAGAACUGAAGAAAUGACGACAGAAGUUGAAUGGAGAAGGAGAUGGAAACCAGAUUUAGAUGCAUUUCCAUGGCAACCAAUUAGAGUUGAUGGCAACACUUAUCUUUUGAAAUAUAUGUUCACAACCGACAGUUAUAAAGUGUUGUUAACUGACUUGACAAAUUUUUGGCAUGAAGAGUUAGAAGACCAGAGUUUACAAAAAAGAAUAAAGAAAUUGAAUCCAGGGAUUGAAGCACCAGUAACAAGAAUUUUGGACCAAAUUAAAAGUGUACUUGAUAAAACCCAGGAUGAUCCAAAUACCUCUAUAAAGCUGUCAUUCAAGCGUGAAGCUGAUUCUGAUGAAAGGAAGGUGAUGCUUGUUUUACACUCGGAACUCGCUGGAAUGCCAUUUCUGUGGAACUUCCAAUGUAAACCAGCUGAUAAAUCUAUGGGCACAGAACAUUUGAUACUACCUCUCAUGGCAAUGGUUGGUGAACUUACUCGCAGGCAGCAAGAACUUGUCAAGAUCAUUCAGGCAAAAGAUAAGCAAAUUGAUGAUUAUAAGUCACAAGGGGCCAAAUGUUCAAGAAAGCAUAUCGAGACACCAAACUUUGUGGAGACUGCAUUUGAGAUGAACAUGAUGACCUCAAAGGGAUUUGUGGAGCAGAUGAAGGACAUAGAGUUGAAAACGUUUGACAUCAAAUCUCAGGAUCUUUACAGGCAGAUUAUGAGCAAGAGGGCAUGGGUGAACAAAUCUCCAACAAAAGCAACAUCAGAAGAUGAAAGUCUGCUAGAUGACAUGAGUAGUGCUGAUGAUAACCGCAGGACAUCUACAGGUCAAUCCUGGGGCAACUCACGUCUUCCACCGUCCCUUCAGCAAUCAAAGUCGCCCACAAAAUCACCGAAGAAAACACCAAGUCCAUCGAAAUCAUCAAACAACUCUACACCAGAGGCCUCUCCUGUAAAGGACACAGAAUUGUUAAGACGGCAGGCACUAGAAAGGAAGUUAGAAUUAGAAGAAAGUAAAAAGAAGGAAAAAUCGAAGAAAAAGAAAAAAAUUGGAUUUUAGUGAUCACAGUUGAAAACAUUUCAGUUUUAUUUAUGAACUUUGCAUAAUAUGCAAUAUUUGGUUUCCUUCCCUUAAUCUGCUGGAGACUCAAACUGACUAGCCUUUGCCACCAGUCUGGAGCCAGGUAGUCCUGCACAUCUGUGUAGUCUGACCACACUCUAUACUGAUGGUUUACAAACUUUAGAUUUUUGAUCUUGAUACCCCUAAAAUUGAUAAUGUAAAGGUCCAAAAAUGGUGGCUGGACUAGUCCAUUUUAAGAAAUUUGGCAGGGUAAGGGCUAAAACAUUUUCAACAUGAUAUUUUGUUGAUGUUUCAUCUGAUAUAUCAAGAAUGUAUAUUAUGGACUAAGUAAAAACAAUGAGCAAUAGCGGCAUUUAAUACUUAAGUAUUUGAUGUGGCAAUAUUUCCACAAUCAUGUUUAUAAAAUACAUGAAAUUUUUUGUAGUUGACCUUAAUGAUUUAGCAGUAAUAUAAAUUGUUAUUUGAGCCACGCCAUGACAAAACCAACAAAAUGGGUUUGCGACCAGCAUGGAUCCAGACCAGCCUGCGCAUCCGCGCAGUCUGAUCAGGAUCCAUGCUGUUCGUUUACAAACCCUAUAACAAGUAGAGAAACUGAUAGCGAACAGCAUGGAUCCUGAUCAGACUGAGCGAAUGCGCAGGCUGGUCUGGAUCCAUGCUGGUUGCAAACCCAUUAUGUUGGUUUUGUCAUGGCGCGGCUCAUAUAUUAAUGAAAAAAAGGUCAGCAAUAGUUGCUAAGAUAUUUGAAGUGGUUGAUUGAUUCUUGUGAAAUAUACAUGUACAGGUUUAUUAAAAAGAAAAUGGCAUCAGAAGCUAUUAUCAUAAUAAAAUGAUAAUUCCUGUGCAAAAUAAAGUAUUUUAUUCGUAAUAAUUAUGAAUAAAAUAUUUGAUAUCACUGAUGAUUUAUCACUUCAUUUUAAUUUUCUUGUUCUAGAGAAAAAUUAUUAGUAUUAGUUGCUAUUAUCAAUGAAUUAUUUUAUGCCACAGAUGAAAUAUCAUUUUGUGUAAAAUUAUCAAGAUGAAGUGAAAAAAUAUUAGCAUUAAUUGCUAUUAUGAAUAAAUUAUUUGAUGUCACUGAUGAAAUAUCAUUUUAUGUAAAUUAUCUAGAUAUAGUAUUAAGAUGUUAGCAUUAAUUGGUAUUAUGAAUAAAAAACAUGAUGACACUGAUAAUUUAUCAUUUCAUGUACAUGUAAUUUGAAUACCUAGUAAAUUAUUGAAACAGA